AUGUUCCCAACCUUCUUGCGAUUGCAAGCUCUGGAGCAGUCCUUACCAGCCAGUGGCUAUGUGAAUGCGAAACAUCGUCUUCAAACCUGUUCUCCAAAUGGCCACUUUCUGCGUAAUGUGCCACUGGGUUCACUCGUGGUUGAAACGUUAGGAGUGGAAACCAUGAAGUUUGCCUUUGAACUUGGAAACAAAAGAAGAUUAAUGAGUAGCCACACACUAGACACAACCAGUCCUUCGUUAUGGACGAAUCUAUGUGAUGACGUUGCAUCUAAAAAUAGAAUAUUUACUCGAGUUCUGCGGGUCGCCACUAACGAUCUUGAUAUGUAUAAACUCGACUCCAACGAUGGAGUCAUGAACCAAGGUUUAUGUUCAACGUUUUGUAAAAGCGAUGAAUGUCGUGCUUUCUCAUAUACGACAUCGGAAAAAAGGUGCGACACAUACUCUCGGGAAAUAGAUGAGGAGGGAACUGCGAAUGUAUCAGUAUCUACUUUGUACUUUUCAAAAGAGACGAGUAGCUGUUCCGAAGUCAAAUCAGGAUCUCCGUCUGGACUGUACCUAAUAUACACCAAGGAAGGCAAGCAUGUCAGUUUGUUCUGUGACAUGGACACAGCUGAGGGGCCGUGGACAGUCAUACAGAGGAGAAAUAGCGGGAAUGUUGAUUUCUACCGUAACUGGACAGAAUAUAAGAAUGGCUUUGGAGAUCUGAAUACAGAGUUCUGGAUCGGUAACGACCUCCUCCACCUCCUCACCAGCACUAUCAGUACCCUUCGCAUUGAAUUAGGAGCCUGGGAUGGAACAAGAGGAUAUGCCCAGUACAAAAAAUUCCAGGUGGCCAACGAAGCUCAAAACUACCGUCUUUCACUACAGACCUCCUCUGGUAACGUUUCUGUGGAUGCUCUUAUGUUCGGUAAUGGGGCUGAUUUUUCCACGUACGACAGAGAUAACGACAAGAGUUCUCACCGUUGUGCCCAGAAGUUUCACGGUGCUUGGUGGUACAAAAAUUGUGGCAUCUCCAACUUGAAUGGUCGCUAUCAACUUGAUUCUGGUGAUGAUAUCUCUGCAAUGACCUGGAAGGAAUUUCCGUCUACACGCAAUCGCGCCCCGUUAAUGAGUUCUACGCUGUUAAUUAAGUAG